AUGUGGACAAAAAUGCAGCAGCGGCGGAAGAAGCAGAAGCAAGGCGAGCCGUUCCGAGCCGGACCGGACCGGACCUGAGCUGCAGUUGAGUCGGCAAAGCGGUCCCGUGAGUCGGACUGGACGCUGACAAGUCAAAGCGGAGCAUUUUUUUUUAAAUAAUUUUUGAAAUAUCUUUAUUUCCCUUGUUUUUUUACUUUUAACAUCCACCAGACUCCCACCACCUACACCCCGGGUGCCGGUGCUACAUCUUCCCAGGAUCAUAGUUCCGUCGGCGGUGUGACAUCGGAGACACGCACCGAUCGACCGAACCGAGGUGGUCACGACAGUGAGAAAAAAAAAAAAAGUGGACUCACAGGAAUAUUCUUUUUCUACGUUUGGAUUUCUUUCAACGUUUUUACUUUUAAUCUUCUUGGAUUCUUCGGUUUUUUUUUUUUUUAACCACCCUCCGAGUUCCGGAGCGGUUUUUGGUUGGACACCGAGGACCCGCGGAGCCUGUAGCCGGGCUGGAGCGCUCCAAGCUGGGCUGCUGCGCUGCUGUCAAUCGGUCCAGAACGGUCCGAGUCAUGGCGGCGUUGAGGCGAGGGAUUCCGCUCUACAUCGCGGCGGUCCUGCUUGCGUCAUGCGGCGCCGUGCCCUCCGAUAUCUUAUACCGUGUUCCUGAAGAACAGCCGCCGAACACGCUGAUCGGAAGCUUAGCGGCGGAUCAGGGUCUUCCCGACACGGGUCACCUGUACAAGCUGGAAGUGGGUUCGCCGUACCUGAGAGUUGACGGGAAAACGGGAGACAUUUUCACCACCGAGAUCCCAAUCGACCGCGAGACCCUGAGGGACUGCCGGAACCUCUUUGAGGGGGACAAAUGUUACCUGGAGUUUGAGGUGUCCAUUACAGAUAUGGUGAAAGGACUCGGUUCAGGACCGCGUCUCAUCGAAGGUCGCAUCGAGGUCAUGGACAUCAACGACAACACGCCGCAGUUCUCGUCGCCCAUACUCACUUUGUCCAUCCCCGAGAACACGCACAUCGGCGCCCUCUUUUCAAUCCCCAUGGCAACCGACAGGGACUCCGGGAACAACGGCGUGGCCGAGUACACGUUGAGCACGGGGCCGGACGCCGACCAGCUCUUCAGUCUGCAAGUUGCCGUGGACUCGGACGAGAAGCUGCCGCAGCUGGUCGUCAUGGGGAACCUGGACCGCGAGAAGAAGGACUCGUACGACUUGAAUAUUCGCGUGGUGGACGGCGGGCGCCCGGCGAGGGCGAGCAGCGCUCUGCUCAGGGUCAUCGUCACCGACCAGAACGACAACGCUCCCAAGUUCGAGAGGAGCCACUACGAGGCGGAGCUACCUGAGAACAGCCCACUGGGACACUCGGUGCUGCAGGUCCGAGCCAACGACGCAGACACUGGCACCAACGGAGAAAUCGACUACAGCCUUCAUCAGAUGUCAGAAGCCGUCCAGAGGCUUCUCCGUAUCGACCGGUCCACAGGAGUCAUCUACGUCAAGGGUCUAGUGGACCGUGAGGAGGAGAACUUCCUGAAGUUCUUUGUCGUCGCUAAAGACCGCGGACCCAACACCAAGAGCUCCAAAGUGCUCGUGACCCUCACCGUCAGGGACCAGAACGACAACGCUCCCACUAUCGAGAUCCGCGGCAUCGGCUUGGUGACGCACCAGCACGGUGUAGCUAACAUCUCCGAGGACAUGCCGGUGGGUACGCCGGUGGCGCUGGUUCAAGUGUCGGACCGCGACGAAGGCGAAAACGCGGUCGUGACUUGUGUUGUCGCGGGCGACGUUCCUUUUCAACUUCAACCUUUAAGCGAGUCAACAAACGACCGAAAGAGGAAGUACUUCCUGCAGACCACGACCUUGCUGGAUUACGAACGAGUUAAGGAUUACAGGAUCGAAAUAGUCGCAGUAGAUUCUGGUAAUCCCGCUUUGUCCAGCACCAAUUCCCUGAAGGUUCAGGUCACGGACAUGAACGACAACACACCUAGCUUUUCGCCGGCUAUGCUGGAAGUGGAUUUCGCAGAAGGGAAUCAACCCGGCGACAAGGUUCUUGACGUGGUCGCGACGGAUGCCGAUAGCGGUUCCAACGCCGAGUUGGUUUACAGCAUCAUUGAACGCUCCGCAUCCGGACUCUUCGAAAUCGAUGCCAACACCGGAGAAGUCCGUGUAAAGAAUCUGCUGGAUCGGGAAGAAACGGAACGUUACGAGUUCCGCGUUGCCGCAGCGGAUAAAGGUGUUCCGAGUAAAACUGGAACGGCGACCGUUGUGGUCAAUGUCCUGGACUGCAACGACAAUGACCCCAAGUUCAUGCUAAGCGGUUACAGCUUUUCCGUUAUCGAGAACAUGCCUCCGCUGAAUCCAGUCGGCGUCGUUACCGUUACCGAUGUCGACAAAGGCGACAACGCCCGAGUCCGGCUUUUCGUCGAGCCGGACAACGGCAAGUUUGUCAUCCAGAACGGUACCGGAAACAUCUUAUCCAGUAUCUCGUUUGACCGCGAAAAGGAAAGUACUUACACGUUCCGUUUGAAGGCAGUGGAUUCCGGCGAACCCCCGCGAUCCUCCUACGUGGGCGUAACCAUUAACGUCCUGGACGAGAACGACAAUGCACCUUACGUCACCAAACCCGCAAACUCCUCCUACACGUACUUGACCCCUGACACCCCCUUAGAUACACGAGUCGAAGUAGUCCAGGCCGAGGACAUCGACUCCGGACCCAAUGCGGAACUGGUUUACGCAAUUACCGGCGGAAACCCGUACGGACUCUUCCAUAUUUCCCCCACGACGGGGGAGAUCACACUCGCGCAGGCGUUCACCGGGGAGCACAACGGACUCCAUCGGUUAGUGGUGCAGGUUAAGGACAACGGGAAACCGCCUCGCCACACCACCGCGCUCGUUCACGUUUUUGUCAACGACACCAAAGCCAAUGUGUCGCUCAUUGACGUGCUCGUGGGUCACAGCUUGUACACCCCUCUGGAUAGAGACAUUGCCGGGGAUCCGAACUACGCUCUCGCGCAACGUAGCAAUAUUCUUUACGGAAGCCUCGCCGGAAUCGCCGGAGUCAUUCUGGUCAUCGUCGCCGUCGUCGUGAUUCGACACCGACUCCAAAAGGACACCAAGAGCGGCUACCAAGCAGGCAAAAAGGAAAGCAAAGACCUCUACGCCCCCAAGCAGGGACCCAAAAACUCUAAAGGGAAAAAAACCAAGAAAAACAAAGCUCCGAAACCGGCAAAACCCCUUGAGGAGGACGAGGAAGCCAGCCUCCAGAAAGGACUCAAAUUCAACCUAAUCAACGAUACGGUCAGUGACAGUCCCAGAAUACAUCUACCCCUCAACUACCCCCCUGGAAGCCCCGAUUUGGGGCGCCACUACCGCUCCAAUUCCCCGUUACCGUCGAUCCAACUCCAACCGCAGUCCCCCUCGGCUUCCAAGAAACACCAAGCGGUCCAGGACCUCCCCGCGACUAACACGUUUGUGGGCACCGGGGACAACAACUCGACCGGGUCGGACCAAUAUUCGGAUUACAGCUACAAGGCCAACCCUCCCAAAUACAGCAACAAACAGAUGCCGCACCGCCGGGUGACCUUCUCCACCGCCAAUCAGGCGCAGGACCUUCAGGACGCGUCCCAGCAUAGCUACUACGACAGCGGUUUGGACGAAUCGGAGACGCCCAGUUCCAAGUCGUCAUCCGGGCCGCGGAUCGGACCUUUGGCGCUGCCGGAGGACCACUACGAGCGAACCACUCCCGACGGCAGCAUCGGCGAAAUGGAGCACCCGGAGAACGACCUGAGGCCCCUCCCAGACGUGGCGAUGACCGGGAACUGCACGCGCGAGUGCACCGAGUUCGGCCACUCGGAUUCGUGCUGGAUGCCCGGGCAACCGUCCCCCGAACGCAAGGCGUCCAAGAACCCCCCCAAGUUGUCCACCUUCGUGCCUUACCAGGAAACGGACGGGCCGGAGCAGCUGAUGGCCAACGGUAGCCCCAAGCCCCUCCCAGUGGAGGAACGCGGACCGGGCGGCGGGGGCGGCGGGGGCGGCGGGGCCGGCCCCAAGGUGGCCAACAUGCGCUUCAUGACCCCUUACAGCAGUGCCUACCCCCCCGGCGCCGACCCGUCCGGUAAAGACUGCGGGCUGGAGGAGAUCCCGCUGAGCCAAGCGGCGGAGUACCACUCGGCCACCACCCCCACUGGCCACGCCUCCAAAAGAGAAAUCUACCUGUGAGGCGCCGCCCACUUUCCCAAGUAACCCGACCGCCCCUUUUCCUGUCGCUACUCACACACCCGCCCGACACCUCACUGCCCCUGUGCCUCGCUGUGUUUACACCACAGACUCCUCCCCCUUUACCCUCCCACCUUCGCUUUCGGCCCCGCCCACCCGGCUCACCAACCAAUCCCUGUAAAUGAACUUGGAAGGAAUGUAAACAUGGUCGUGAUCUUUUACUAGCUCCUUGUUGUAAAUCCUACUCAGUGUCGAACUGUCUAACCCUGAAUGGACUAUUUCCUUCCCGACUUUCCGGAACUUUCCGGCAUUCCGUUUUGGGUCCGGACUGCUCAAAGCGGACCUCUUUUUCAUGAAGACCUUUACAGGAAUUUAAAUCCCUACACCGUUGCUGUUGUGAAGUCUUUUUUCCAGUGUACACUGAUGUAAAUAUGGCUGACGCGUGGGUGGCGGUGACCGUGCGGGGGGGCGUGGUCUUCAGAACCUCACGUGACGCCAACGCCAACGCCGACGCAACAAUCGAAGUUGUUCAUGUACAGACGCUGACGGGACGGGACGUCGGACUCGUGAGCCGAGAUUUGUUUUUUUGAUUUGGGGAUUAUUCAAGUAUUCUUCAAGCGUGGGUGGCGGGGGGGGUCCCGCUUUUACAGGCCCAUAAAAUGAAAGCAGGGCAUGCCCAUAAAAACGUAAAUAUCAUAAUCGGGCUCGUAGCCGUGAAAUUGCAGACAAAAAUGCUAAUGAGAUAGCAUGCUUUUAAUCAUUUUUAGCCAACAUGCAGUAUGUAUGUGCUUCUAGUACUUUUGUACUACAUUAAAAAGAAAAUAUAUUCAUCAUAAAGAAUUCAUACAUUAGUCAUAUUUUCAAAAAACAUAACUAAUUUAGUCUUCUAGGAGUUAUACCCGCCAUCAUUUUCACUCAAAAACAUGAAAGAAUUCGUAUGCCUCGAUUUUAUUUUAGGGGCCAGUAAAAAAAAAAAAAAAAAACGAGCCAAAAUGGCGGCACAUUGGACACCCCCCCCCCGCCCCCCCGCCUUAAAGAAAUGCGCUUCAGACAUAAUAGUUGAUGUUUACAAUGUGAAAUAUUGAACGUGUUUUUUGUCUUCAGUUGACAUUGUUUACAUGAAUGAUGAAAAAAGUCUGAAUAAAAAUGAAUGAAUGAAUGAUUGGAUCACGUUGGUCGGCCCUCAGAGGGGCGGCACCCCACCAAACCCCCGCAAUUCAAUCCAAACGCUCACACUGGUGCCUUCACAGGUCAUGUGACGUGCCGUCGUGGCUCCCGCUUUUGGAUGAAAACGUCUAAUGAGUAAAUUAUAUUUCUAUAUAAUAAUAAUAAUAUUGAUAAUGUACAGUAUAUGUAGUAUUUUUGUAUUUAUACUUAGGGCAGCCGCCCCCACUUUUGCCAUCCGAGGUUUUUCUCUUUCCUUCCCGCUACAGCGGACCGGCUUCCCAAGCGGCUGCCGUCUUUUGCUGUGUGAGGUAAAGAAUAAGGUCAGAGGUCACAUCAACUCUUUGGAGCCAAUUAACCUCAGGUGACCUUUGACACUGCUGUUGGCUUUGGCCAGCAAGAACACAAACACACACAAAUACACACUGAGUGUGUUUGUGUGUGUUAGAGUUCACUUUAUUUCCUGAAAUUAAAGUUUUUUUGGGGGGGGUGUAUUCACACUACCAACCUUAGCUUGGGUCCUUUUGGGUGGUUUGACUUGUGUGAGCGUAGCUGGAAGAAGCGGAUCAGAGAACGACUUAGUCACAGAAUGACUUAGUCACAGAACAAUUUAGUCACAGAAUGACUUAGUCACAGAACAAUUUAGUCACAGAAGGAGUUAGUCACAGAACGACUCAGUCACAGAAAAACAGUCACACAAGGACUUAGUCACAGAACGGCUUAGUCACAAUGAGUCACAAAACAACUCAGUCACAAAAGGACCUAGUCACAGAAUGACCUAGUCACAGAAUGACCUAGUCACAGAACAACUUAGUCACAGAAGGAGUUAGUCACAGAAUGAUUUAGUUACAGAAGGACUUAGUUACAGAAGGACUUAGUCACAAAACGACUCAGUCACAGAAGGACUCAGUCACAGAAUGACCUAGUCACAGAACAACUUAGUCACAGAACGACUUAGUCACAGAACGGCCCAGUCACAGAAGGACUUAGUCACAGAAGGACUUAGCCACAGAAGGACUUAGCCACAGAAGGACUUAGCCACAGAAGGACUUAGCCACAGAAGGAGUUAGUCACAAAACAACUCAGUCACAAAAGGACUUAGUCACAGAACGACCUAGUCACAGAACAACUUAGUCACAGAACAAUUUAGUCACAGAAUGAUUUAGUCACGAAAGGAGUUAGUCACAGAACGACCCAGUCACAGAAGGACUUAGCCACAGAAGGAGUUAGUCACAGAAUGACUUAGUUACAGAAGGACUUGGUCACAGAAUGGCUUAGUCACACAACGACUUAGUCACACAACAACUGGAAGGCACAAGUCCUUCACGAUCACGGGCAUCAUUCACAAUAGAAAUAAAAUACAAAGACUAACCCACACACUAACUCAUCAUUAGUAUGCGUCAUGCAAGGGUGUCCAAAGUGCAGCCCGGGGGCCAUUUGUGGCCUGCAACUGUGACCUUUUUGCUACAGUUUUACAUUUGUUCUGGCAUUUUUUUUGUUUGUUUGUUUUGACAGGGUGCCGGUUAUAAAACAAAUGGCCCCAUGUUGCACCCCACUAGGACCCCCCCGGUCUAGUAUGAGUACAUCCAAGUCUUCAUUUGACUCUUUCUUGCCCCAAAAGAAGUUUUUUUUCCUGGAAUGGAUUAGCUUGCAUUAAAAAAAAAACAGGCCCAUUCCAAACACGACCCGCCCCUCUGAGGACCAACGCGUGCGUGAACCAAUUCCAACAUGUUGUCAAUGUGCUUUACUUUGAAAGUCAAACUGGUUCCAAACCAGGUUCCGAACCAGACACCAAUGUGAACUCCAGUCUGUUCUUUUGCUUUGCUUUUCCCUCCUUUGUGUGACGAAACAAAGUUGUUGAAGUCGAAAAGCUAAACUGCUUCGAAUCAAAACACCAAAGUCGGUUCCUUCAGCUCUCAUCCGCUCCGAUGCUACAUGCUACAUGCUACAUGCUGACGUCUUACAUUACGCCACAGGGUGCCUUGUGUGUCGUGUGACGACUGGAGGGGCGACGCCUACCGAGACAGGAAGUCACGUUUGACGACCGGCGGCGUUUUCGUUUUGGAAAAAGGAAGGAAAUCAAAGUAUUUUCAACUUCAACACAAGCGCGUACAAACAACUUUAAGAUGACUAUUUCGUAUCUAAAUUCACAUCUUUGAAGAUAUUUUAGGAAACGGGACAAAGGGACUGCAUCCACCAAUGCGGACGCUGGCUGUUUUCUUCUUUGUUUUUUUCAAGCUGUAUUAUAACUGAGCAUGACACGAGCUGUCUUUAGAACUAGAAAAAAAAACUCUUUUUGUUGUUUUCACCUUUUCACUGCGUUACUGUAUGCAUCCAUCAUGUGUGCUCCAUCUUCCUUUUCGACGUCUGAGCGCACAUCUGCUGACCUUUAACCCCAAACAGGAAGUCAUGUGGCUGAGGAACAAAGGCUGAGUCUCAAUUGGUGCACUUGCAUACUUGCCGCUUCGCCUUUUUCGGUGUCUGAGUGUACACUUGUGUACUUCGACUUGGUCUUUUGAGUACAUAAGUCCACGCUUGCAUAUGUGCACUUAAGUGUACACUUCCGUACUUACACUUAGCAUUUUGACACCUGUGUACUUUUACUUAGUCUACUCAGUGUAUAAGUAUGUACAUGCACACUUACGAUUCAUCUUUUGAGUGCAUAAGUGUGCGGUAGCGUACUUGCACUUCGCCUUUUUCGGUGUCUCAGUGUACACUUGUGUACUUCGACUUGGUCUUUUGAGUACAUAAGUCCAUGCUUGCAUAUGUGCACUUAAGUGUACACUUCCAUACUUACACAUAGCAUUUUGACACCUGUGUACUUUUACUUAGUCUUUUCAGUUUAUAAGUAUGUACAUGCACACUUACACUUCGUCUUUUGAGUGCAUAAGUGUGUACUGGCACAGUUACGCUUUGUCUUUUGAGUGCAUAAGUGUGCAGUUGCGUACUUACACUUAGUAAUUUGAGGGUAUAAGUAUUCAUUGCUAACUUACACUUUGUAUUUUGACUCCAUAAGUGCACACUUGCGUAGUUACAUUUAGUCUUUUGAAUGUAUAAGUGUGCAAGUGCAUCUUCUUUGAGUCUUAAGUGCACACUAAAGUACUUUCACUUUGUCUUUUGAGUACAUAAGUGCACACUUUAGUACUUACAUAUAAAUCUAUGGAGUACAUUGCAUAAGUGAACACUUUGUACUUUCACUUUGUCAUUUGAGUGCAUAAGUGCACUCAAGUACUAAAGCAGUUACACAUAAAUCUAAGGAGUACAUUGCAUAAGUGCACACUUGUGUACUUACACUUAAUAUUUUGGGUACAUAAGUGCACACUUAAGUACUUACACAUACCUGUUUGCAAUACAUUGCAUAAGUGCAUACUUGUGUGCUUACACUCUGUCUUUUCGGUGCACAAAUUGCAUAUUUACACUUAAUAUUUUGGGUGCAUAAGCGUGCACUUGUGUACUUACACUUCAUAUUUCGAGCGCAUAAGUGUGCACUUGCAUACUCAGACUUACUCUUUUGGGUAAAAAUGUGCACUCUUGUGUACUUACACUGAGUUUUGAAUGAGAAGUACGGUAAAAUAAAUACAGUUGACAGUCAGUACACAGAUGUUGUACUCAAAACACUGAAAAAGGUGAGAGUGCAGUGAUGGAAACUUACCAAAGGGGUGGGAAAGGGGUCCAAAUAAUACGAUCCAAAUGUUGGUGACAGUGUCGUUUCAGUCGAAAAAAGAAGAAAAUAAAUUUUGCAUCAUUUCCCACGAAGUCAACCAUCUCACACUCAGGAAAGAAGUACACAGUGUACACAGGGUACUUACUGAGGUGUACUGACGCAAGUAUUCCAUUUGAGACACAGUCAAGCUGAUGAUGUGGAAGUCCCAACUUAAUUAUGUGAAAGCCACUAAAUAAGAGAUAAUAAAAAAAAAAACCUCCCUGCAGAUCUCGGGCGGGCUAACGAGAAAAUAAGCUAAUUGGGUCGCGGCGCCGAGAAGAACAAAUGAUGCCGUUAAACACCCCGAGAAGAAUUCAUCAUUCCACUUUUUUUGAUUGGAAUGUUUAAAACAUCACGAGAAACUACCGGGGAUUCAUUUUGAGAGUAGAAGAGUCACAUGAUAAUUUUUUUUUUUUAUGUACGUUUCCUGUUUCCCGUGUAGGCUAAUAUGCUAGCAUGAGGUGUUUGUUUGUCGACGUGUGAGCGUACCAAACGAAUUCCGUGAUUAGGGGACGGUGUCACAUGACCGCAGGUGUUGUUGUUGUUGUUGUCGUUAGCAGGACAAAGCUACAAAGUCGGCUUUUUUUUUGGGGGGGGGGGGUUUGGCGUAAAAGGAGAAGAUACGUUCGUCCUGAAGAGUCCAUGUUGGUAGAUUCCAUGUGGCUUGCUUCUAUUUCUCUAGAAACGACGCUAGCGAUGCCUUGUUUUUUGUACAGUUUUAUGUACAUGCAAAUGUAGUCUUUUUUUUUUCCAAUGAGAUGACAAAUAUAUAUAUAUCUAUAUAUCUAUAUCUAUAUUCCAAGCGUGUGAAGGAUACGUGACGUGUAGGCUCGUCUCAUGUUUGUAGGCUCGUCACGACGCUCAUCCACGUUUACAACAACAACAAAAAAAAAAACAACCUUGUUUUUGGUUUUGACGUCACGUUAACGGAGGAAUUUCGGGGCGACAUUCCUUUUCUUUCUUCUCUUCCUUUUUUUCCCAUUCGCAUGUUUGACUUUUCAAUCAAUGUGCUCGUUUAUUUUUUGCUGAGCAAAUCAAAGAACAUCUUGUAAAGUACUCCUUCCUUAUAGCUUUACAAUAAAAUACAUUCAGUAAAACUACAAGGCCCCCUGUUGUCAGACUUCCGUACCACUUGACACGACAGAAACAUCUUUUGCAGGUUCCUGGGUUAUCUUCACUACUUCUUCUUCUACUACUGAUGGGCGGGGCUAUGUAAGGACAAGCAGGAAGAGGAAGAAGAUGAAGUCGAGGGAUGGUCUACUCGAUACCCUGAAAAGAAGAACGGGCAACAGAAUGAAUAGGAGGAGACGAAGAAGGAAAAGAAGAACUGGAAAAGGAGAAGUGAAAAAAAAAAAAAAGGAGAAACAACAGCAGACUGAGGAAGAGAAGAAGAAGCAGAAAACGAAGAAGAAGAAUGACAAGAACAAGAAAAGGAGAAGGAAAAGAACGAGAAAGAGAAGUACAAGAAGAAGAAGAAUAAAUAAGAAGCAGAAGGAGGAGAUGAAGUGCAAGGAGAAGAAGCACAAGGCCAAAAAUGCAUAAUUAGGUAGAAAAAAAAACAUACAUAAGUCGCACUGGAGUAUAAGUCGCACAAGGCCAAAAAUGCAUAAUUAGGUAGAAAAAAAAACCAUACAUAAGUCGCACAAGGCCAAAAAUGCAUAAUUAGGUGGAAAAAAACAUACAUAAGUCGCACAAGGCCAAAAAUGCAUUAUUAGGUAGAAAAAAAACAUACAUAAGUCGGACAAGGCCAAAAAUGCAUAAUUAGGUAGAAAAAAAACAUACAUAA